AUGCCUAAGAAUAAUACUUACCGUAUGCUCGUUUUACUAGAAGACGAUACUAAGAUAAAUAAAGAAGAUGAAAAAUUUUUGAAAGGUAAGCCAGGAAAAAUGCAUGAAUUUGUUGAUGAGUUGAUACUACCAUUUGAUGUUGACGAAUUAGAUGAGUUAAAUGUCUGGUUUGAUAAAUUCGAUGCCGAAAUAUGUAUACCGAACGAAGGUCAUAUCAAAUAUGAAAUUAGUAGUGAUGGUUUGAUCGUACUUAUGUUGGAUAAGGAGAUUGAAGGGGUAGUCGAAAAGGUAAAGAAAUUUGUCGAAGAGAAUAAUUGA